AACUCAUCCUCAUGUCAUUCCUUCCGGACACCAACACUGCAGCUCCUGACCUAGGGCGAGGGCGCGGCCGUGGUCGAGGGACAAAUCGAGGCAAGGCCCUCCGCGCGCGAGGGCGUCGCGCCCUCCGAGCAGCAGAUUGGAGGGGUACAGCGUCUGGCAGGGGAGAAGAAGAGGCAGACGAGGAGCGGGAGGAAAGAGAGGCUUUCAUGGCUCGCUUUGAGAGUCGAGAGCUGGGCAGUAAUUUGGCGCGAUACGAGGAAUCGAAGGAAGCAGAUGAGAAAGAGGAAGCAGAGGAGGUGGACUUGACUGCAUUCAUCGAACGGCAGCGGCUGGGAGAUGGCAAGGUCGCUGAGGAAGGGGGGGAAGAAGGUAUCGACGAAUCGUUGGCACAUGUCCCUACAGGACAGAGUAAGAAUGGAAAAGUGAAAGCAGGCGUCAUAACGUGGGAUGAGGAGAUGGAAGAGAUGUGGAGGGAGAACAGAAAGGCCGAGGCUGUACGAGAUCUGAAAACGCGAUUCAAGGGCAGUAAGCGGCGUGAAUCGGGACGCAGAGGCGCUCGCGGGGACCCAGCAUGGGCACUAGAGGGGACCGAGUGUGUCGAGCAAGAGGGAUGCAAGCACGACGAUGAACAUUUCCUGGACGAUCUCAUAAGCUAGCUGGCUCC